GUCGUAUUGCGGUAAAUUUGAUUUAAGUACUGUUAAAUAUUUACUAAGCAUUUUGAUUAGGUAAAUUUUAUAAGAAGCUGCUUGUUCUAGUAUUCAAAGAGAAUAAAACCGAGAAGAAAUUUUUCUUAGGUUAUUAUAAGCAAAUGUACUUUGACACACUGUGAAAUUUUGAAUGAUAAAAAUAUUUUGUCAUCAGUAAAUCUAGCUGUUGAAGUAAAUGAAACUACUUGUAAUAAGUUGCCAGUAAUAUCUUCAGGAUCAAAAGAAAUGAGUAUGUCAACUGUUUUAAAACUUUGUGAUGUGAAGAAAAAUAUUGAAUGCUCAGAAGAGGUUCAAAAAAUAAACACUGAAACUCUGAGAAUUAAUAAGGAAGAUGUAUCAAAAAACCAUAUGGAUAUAAAUGGAGACCUUGAUGAUGAUUUUGAACAAACACUUUUAGAUAUUACUGAAGAUGAUUACCUUGCUAUUGAAGAAUGUGAAGUUUCAACUGAAGAUGAAGAUAAACUUUUAUUUGAUGAUAGUCUAGAAAUGAGUGAGGGUGAUGGAAACAUUGUAGAGAAAGAUGAUUGUAGUUCAUUGCCUUCUUCUAGAACUUGCAAUGUUACUAAAGAAAUCUGUGAUAUUCAAAUUAAAAGUAUAAAAGAAGAGAUAAUAGAAAAUUCUGAAGAUUUUAGUAUAAAUUCUAGCAGCAAUAAAGCCAAUAAAUGUGAUAUACUAUCAUAUGAUGAUAGUACAGAAAGUAGUGAGGAUAAAAACAUUGCAAAAGAUAAUGAAUGUGGUUUAUUGACUUCUUCUAAGACUUGUGAUAUUUCUGGACUAAUCUGUGAUAUGCAAAUGAAAAGUAUAAAAGAAGGCAUGAUAGAGAAUUCUGAAGAUUUCAGACUAAACUGUAAGAUCACUGACACCAAAAAAUGCGAAAAUAUUUACAUUGAAGAGAAAUGUUCUGAAAGUAAAACCAAAGGCAAUAAAUGUGAUAGACUUUUAUAUGAUGACACUAGUACAGAAAGUAGUGAAAAUCAAAAAAAUAUUUCAGAGGAUGAUGAAUAUAAUUUGUUGUCAUCUUCUAAGACUUCUGAUACGUCUGGAGACAUAUGUGGCAUGCAAAUGAAAAGUCCAGAAGAACAUAUAAUAAAGGAUCCUGAAAAUAUUAGUGUAAAAUAUAGCAACAAUGAAGCCAAUAAAUGUGAUAAUACUUUUAUUGAAAAGAAAUAUUCCGAAAGGGAAAUCAAAGCCAAUAAAUGUAAUAAUAUUUUUAACAAAGAGAAAUGUUUUGAAAGCCAAAAGAACCAAACAAGAAAAAGUGUUGCCCAAGUUAUAAGUUCAAAAAUUGUUUCAUGUGAUAAAAAUGAUAUAAAUUCCAAAAAACUUGAAUCUACUAGCCUGAAUAAUGAAAUAAAUGCUCCUACUGAAAAAAGAGUAAAUGACGAAAUUUGUUCUACAGUUGCUAAAGAAAAGAAAGCUGUUCGAAGUGUGGUAUUAGAAAAGAAAAAAGAAAUUACUGGAUUGAGUAAAGAAUCUCAAGAACAUACUAAAAUGAAUUAUGUUCACAAAACUACAGCUGAUUCAAUGCUCACAGAAGCACAACCCCGAUCAUGCGGGCGUUGUAAACCUAAAACAUAA